CUGAGUGGGGAUGGUGCGCUAUAAUGACGUCUGCAACUAUCAGCCGUUCCGGCAGGUGCCGGUGUUUCAGACACUCCGGAAAAGUCACGUUGUCUAAUAUUGCACCUGCUAACUAACGCAGUGCGUGAGUAGUAUUUAACAGGGUAUUAGGAAGGUUACUUAUUGGCACAUUCAGGCACAUUGGAUGACCACGAAUACAUAGACCGCGUGGAUUAGCAAGGACUCCAAUGAACUCUUGGAAGUUAUAAUUACCAAAGCCUAUGUGGUACAGAAAUGGCUGGUAGGGAACGUGGAGUGUUUCGACUUAUAUUCAGAGAUUUUUUCAAUUCACUGAAGACACUUUAUUCACCACGUACGAACAAGUUAGUGGGGGAAGACUUCCUAGGAACAAAAUAUUAUGAACAAACUGUUAAAAAAGGAGGUGGGAGAAAGAAGCCUGCUCGAUCUUUUGUAACAGAAACGGAAGACGAUUUUGAUCAAGAAAUACCAGCAGAAUGGGAAGCAUGGCUGCGACACCGCAGAGCGGAACCUCCUACCGAGGAGGAAGUUCUUGCAAAUUAUAAGCUUAGUUUGACAAAGAAGAAAAAUGCAGUCUUAUUAGAAAAACAAUAUGAAAGUAUGAAAACCGAUAGCGAACCAGUAAAGAAAUCAGAUCCAAGAGUAUCACCACAAGGUUUUCCAAUGUAUGACGAUUAUAAAAUGAGUAAAGAUGGUUAUAUACCCAGAAAAAAAUAAUGGUCCAUAAAAAGAAAUACAGAAGUUGUAUGUAGUUUACUUUAAUGUUUUACUUUAGUAAAUAGUAUAUGCAUGAAAUAAAUAACUUAUAAAUGUACAGAAACAUAGAAUACUAUAAAAACACUGCUAUGUACAGAUAAAACGAUAUAAUGAUUCAAUAACAUCAGCAUUAUAUUAUCUUAUUUUAUUAAAAAGUAUACAAAUUCCCACAUUCUAAAGCACAAAAUGUACUGAAUGUACCUAAUAGCAAUAAAAUGAAAUGUCAUAAUUCUCAUUCACAAAUCUA